GGUUCAUAUAAGCAACCUUCUACUACGAAGAAUAACCCUAGAGAUUGCUUUUUGUCGGUAGGGCGUUAAUCCCUGACCCAUUAACCGCAUAUGUAUUAUAGCGCUCGUCGCUACUACAUAGCUAGAUCAGAAGAUUGAUAAGCUACAGCUUGUGACGCAAACCAAGAAGCUGUACAGCAUAUACAGCCUGUUAUCUGGGGCAUAUAAAAGCCCUCCUUCCUGGACCUCUACUAACUGCAGGACUCGACGUUCUUUAAUCCAUACUUACUCUCAACUGCAUUUUGUGCUUUAGAAUCACUUUAGAAUCUACCAUGUCGACACCUUCGGGGACCAUCGUUAGGAACUUGACAUUUAAGUCCGACGAUUUCGGCCGGGAAACAACAAUUUUGCUCGUUUUUGAUACCGACAUGGAGGGCCUCUACGACACAAUCUACCCUGUGGUUUGGAAAACCUUUACUUUCCCAGCGAGAGGCUCGCGCAGCUAUAAUGUGACCUACUCGGACGACCUUGCUUUUUCCAAAGCAAACAUCGGACAUGAUAACCUCGUUCAAACUUCUAGUUCCCUCAAGCUGAAGCCAGGCCAAAAAACCACACUGUCCCUGAAAGAUAAAAGAACACGUUUCUCUCCACCUGUGAACUUUGCUACCGGAGAUCACCUGACGGCAGAGAACGAGACUGGGUUUAUUCAGGACCUUGCAGUCGGCUUUUAUGACCCAUCAAAACCCGUCAUAUAUGACCUAUCAAGAGCCGUCAUAAUUGCCAGUGGGCCUGAUCCGAUGCUCUUCUUCAAAGAAGUUGGGAACGGAAAGACCGAGGUCUUGGUCGGUGCCAUUAAAAGCACUGCCAUCUUGGAGCAGGAUCUUCACCAGCUUUUUCGGAACACGGUCUUCAACCUCGAACGGAACAUACUGACUGGACGUUGCAAACUCACGAAGACUAAACCGUAAUACUACCGGCGACUCGGAGUCUAGGGCACAGUGCGCAAACCAACGAAGGAAUGCCAAAUUGAUGUGCAUGGUGACUGUUGUUAAUGCCUUGUUCUCUGUUUUCGCCGCCGCCCCGACGGCCCCGUUCAGAGUCCCAGUUGCUUGUCUUGUAUAACCUUCCAUCUCGUGUAGUCACCGUUAUACCAUAUUGGGUCGACUGAUCAUCAAAACGAUUGUCCUGAUCCCGCUCAUCGUAAGAUGAGUAGCGACUUGAAGCAAAGACCUCUUCAAGUCGCAGCUCGUCUUAUCGUGAUAGAGGCCC